GACUCAAUACUGGCUGGGCACGGCAUCCCAUAAUAACAUUACAGAGCGGGUUCUAAUCCGAAGCACAGGGACCAGCUUUGGCUUUUGCUACACUGCCAAGCCCAUCAUCAUUGCUCUGAGUAUGACCUAUGCAUUGUGAAAGCUGUGACACAGAAUUUUUGUAAAGGAAUUUGAGUUCACUAAUCAGCCUGUUAUAACAUUGUCUUAUGGAUGUGCAAGAGACAUUGCUGUGAUCAGCCUGUUAAAGACAUCUUAUCAAAAUGGGAGUCUUGAAAACAAUGUUCAUUCUUCUCUGCGGAUCUUUCCUUCAUGUUACACACUCUCAAAAUACUGUAUGCAAAGGGGAAAAUACAGCAGAUAUUGUGUUUUUGGUCGAUGGAUCCUGGAGCAUUGGGACGAGUAACUUUCAAACCAUGAAAGACUUUUUGUACACCUUGAUUAGUGGUUUUGACGUUGGUUCAGAUAAAAUACGUGUGGCUUUAAUCCAGUACAGCGAAACACCACUUACAGAAUUCUAUCUGAACACUUACAGUAGUAAGGAAGAGGUAUUGGAUUACAUUCAGACUUUGAAGUAUAAAGGUGGGGGAACGAAUACUGGACUGAGCCUCCAGUACAUGCUGGAAAAUCACUUCACAGACAGUGCAGGGAGUAGAGCAGAGGAAGGUGUCCCUCAAAUUGCUGUGGUGAUCACAGAUGGCCAUGCGCAAGAUAACAUCAAAGAGCCAGCCAAGCAAGUGAAGGAUGCUGGAAUCACAUUAUAUGCUCUCGGCAUUAAAGACGCCCUCUUGGCUGAACUCAACGAAAUAGCCAGUGAUCCAGAUUACAAACAUGUAUACAAUGUGGCAGAUUUUAAUGCUUUGCAAGGCAUAUCUCAAAACAUGCUGCAAGGUCUCUGCACCACAGUUGAAGAAGCUGUUCGACAGACCGGUCAGAUUGCUCAAGUUUGUCGAAAAGCCAAUCUGGCUGACAUUGUGUUUCUAGUGGAGAGCUCAGACCAAAUUGGAGAAGAGAAUUUCCAAAAUAUAAAGAAUUUCCUCCAUGGUUUUGUUUCCAGUUUAGAUGUUGGCAUCAACAAAGUUCGAGUUGGACUUGUACAAUACAGUGUUGAUAUAAAUCCAGUUUUUAGGUUAAACAAGUACUCUCUGAAAGCUGAAGUUCUGGAGGAAAUUCAAAACUUCCAAUUUCUGGGAGGUGAAGCUUAUACUGGUAAGGCCUUGAGGUACAUCAACAACAACUUUUUCGCUGAGACAGCUGGCAGCAGAGCUGCAGAUAACGUAGCUCAGAUAUUGAUUAUGAUCACGAGUGGUGAGUCUGCUGAUGGAUACUUAAAAGCAGCCAGAGAUCUGAAGUCAAAGGCCAUUUCUAUUUACGUGACUGGGCCUAAUGUAAAAGACAACGCUGAGGUUCAAGAAGUUGCUGAUAGACCAAGUGAAAAAUUCAUUCAUAGUAUAGACACAUUUGAGGACUCUGAUGAAGUAAUCAAACCUCUUCUGGAUAAUGUAUGCUUUAGCAUAGAAGCACAGAUUCAAACAUUUGCAAAGCGCUAUGCAGACAUUGUAUUCGUUGUAGACUCCUCUUCUAGUAUUGGAAGUGGAGCAUUCCAGCAAAUUAAAGGCUUCAUUGCUGGGAUAAUUGAACAGUUGGAUGUAGGAAUCAAUAGACAUCAGGUUGGUCUGGCACAGUACAGUGGAGAACCUCAGACUGAGUUUUUAUUUAAUACUUAUGAAACCAAAGAAGAGAUACAAAAUCAUAUUCAACUGAGCUUCACAUUCAGAGGUGGACCUCUGAACACUGGACGUGCUUUGGACUUUGUACGCUCCACAUUUUUCAUAGAAGAGGCUGGAAGUAGGAUCAGUCAGGCAACCCCUCAAUUUGUUGUGCUUAUAACUUCAUCUAGGUCUGAAGAUAAUGUGAUUAGAUCAGCUAAGGAGCUAAGAGGUAUAGGAGUGACCACAGUCUCCGUUGGGAUUCGUAAUUCUGAUAGAGAGGAAUUGGAAGCUAUCGCUACAGAUCCCUAUGUAUACCAGAUCAAUGAGUUACAGGGCAUACAAAACGUACAAGAUCAAGUCACCAAUGUUAUUGUGACACAGCAAAUGUUGACAUUUUCUCUGAAGACACAAGUUCCUGAAGUGUGCUCCACUGCUUCAGUUGCAGACAUAGUCUUUCUGAUUGAUGAGUCAAGUAGCAUUGGCGCUACCAACUUCCAGCUCACAAGACUUUUUCUGCACAGGGUAGUAAAUGCAUUGGACAUCAGUUUGAAUAAUGUGAGAGUGGGCUUGGUACUUUACAGUGAUGAACCGAGGUUGGAAUUUAACCUGAACAGUUUUGACAAAAAGCUGGAAAUUUUGGACUACAUAACUAAACUCCCUUACAGAGGGGGGAAGGCUCACACUGGAGCAGCUAUUGAUUUCCUUCGGAAAAAGAUGUUUUCAAAACAAAAUGGUGGUAGGGCACAUCAGGGUGUGCAGCAGAUAGCAGUGAUCAUGACAAAUGGAAAUUCAGUGGAUAAUCCUGCCAAGCCUGCAAGGAAAUUGCGACGUUCAGGUGUCGAAGUCUUUGUUGUAGGUUUUCAGAAUGCCAACAAUACAGAACUGGAGGUCAUAGCUUCUCAUCCACCACGAAAGCACUUAACCAAUGUAGAAUCUUUCCUGCAACUUUCUAAUAUCGAACAGAAACUCAAGAAACGGCUUUGUAAGGAAAUUGUUGAACAGGCUUUUUCGAUUCCCAUGUUUGCCCGAACACUCAGAGAAGGUUGUGUGGACACAGAAGAGGCAGAUAUUUAUUUUCUAAUUGAUGGGUCUGGGAGUAUAUAUCCGGAAGACUUUGAUGACAUGAAAGCAUUCAUGACUGAAUUAAUAAACAUGUUCCAGGUUGGAAGUGAUAGAGUACGCUUUGGGGUGGUCCAGUACUCUGAUACUGAUAAGCUGGAGUUCGACCUUACUAGACACACCACUCAUAAUGCUUUAAAGGCAGCAAUUCUUCAGAUUGAACAGUUAGGAGGAGGUACCAACACAGGAGAUGCUCUGACAUCAAUGAAAAGUAUUUUUGCUAAAUCCAGUCGCAAUGUUCCCAAGUCUUUGGUCGUCAUUACUGAUGGAGAAUCUCAAGACAAGGUGACCCUGCCAGCAGCCUCAGUUCGAGAUGAUGGAAUCACAAUUUAUGCUAUUGGUGUGAAGAACGCAGUGGAAGAGCAGCUGACAGACAUAGCAGGAUCUAAAGAGAGGAGCUUCUUUGUCUAUAAUUUUGACUCCCUUAAUACCAUCAAGCAUGAAUUGGUCCGUGAUUUGUGUACACCAGAAGCCUGCAAGAAUGUGAAAGCCGAUAUUUUGUUUCUGAUUGACAGCUCUGGAAGUAUUCAUCCUGAUGAUUUUGCAAAGAUGAAGACAUUCAUGAAUUCCUUGGUGAACCAAGCUGAAGUUGGGCCUAGCCAAGUCCAAUUUGGGCUAAUUCAGUUUAGUGAUAGAGCACAAGAGGAGUUUGCACUGAAUAGGUACACAAAGAAGAGGGAUGUAAAAGCUGCCAUAUCAAGAAUACAGCAAAUCGGUGAAGGAACACUUACAGGGGCAGCACUAACAUUUUUGUCUCCAUAUUUUGAUUCUGCAAAGGGAGGGCGCCGAAGCUCAAACCAAUACCUUAUUGUAAUCACAGAUGGUGAAUCUUAUGAUGCUGUGGCAAAACCGGCUGCUGCUAUCAGGGCUAAAGGUGUUACCAUUUAUGCAAUUGGUGUUGUCAGCGCUAAUGGUACACAGCUUCAAGAGAUUGCAAGCAAGCCAAGUCUAGUUUACAUUGAAGAAAAUUUUGAUGCCCUGGAAUUCUUGAACAAGCAAAUUUUGUUUGAGAUCUGCAAUCCCGUUGAUUCUUGCAAGAGGACAGAGAUAGCUGACAUUAUCUUCUUAGUAGAUUCGUCAAUCAGCAUUACAUCUUCCCAGUAUACCAAUAUGAAGAGGUUCAUGAAUGCCGUAGUUAAUGACUCCAUGGUAGGAAAAGACCAUGUCCAGUUUGGUGUAGUUAUUUAUAGCACCACUCCUGAACAACAGUUUCCUCUUAAUAAAUAUAUAUCCAAAAAUGAUGUAAGAGAGGCUAUAAAUAGCUUAGUUCGUAUGAGUGGAUAUACAUACACAGCAACGGCACUGGAAUACACGCAGAAGAGGUUCGAGUCUGUUUACGGAGGCAGAAAUGGUGUUCCACGCAUAUUAAUUCUUAUUACUGAUGGACAAACUACACGGGAGGACCGUCCAAAGUUAGAACCAGUUUCAAAAUCUUUGAGGGACAAUGGAAUCAUUGUCUUUGCCGUUGGAGUUGGAGGGGCCAAAAUGCAAGAGCUUGAGCUAAUUGCUGGACAACCUGAUAGAUGGUUCUUAGUACAGAAUUAUACCUCUCUCGAAGGCUUACAUGAAAAUAUUACACAUGUUGUCUGUGAGGAAUCACAUCAACCUUGUUCACAUGAUCAGCUUGACCUUGUUUUCCUGAUUGAUGGAUCUGCGAGUAUCACUCAGAGCAACUUCACAACUAUGAAAACCUUUAUGAAGGAGAUUGUACACAGUUUCACGGUUGCAGAGGACAGAGUGCGUAUCGGAGUGGCCCAAUACAGUGCAAAUCCCAAGAAAGAGUUCUUUUUAAACGAGAUCUAUUCCAGUACUGUUAUGGAAAAUAAAAUUAAUUCAAUCUCCCAGCUCAAAGCUACAACUUACACUGGUAAAGGACUGACGUUUGUAAGGCAGUUUUUUGAGCCUGUCAACGGAGGUCGCAAAAAUCAAAGAGUUCCGCAAUAUCUAAUAGUUAUCACAGAUGGUAAUUCAAACGAUACUGUGGAGGAGGCUGCCUCUUUAUUGAGGGGUGAUGGGGUUACCAUCUUUUCAAUUGGUAUUGGCCUUCUUAACAAUUUUGAGCUGGUACAGAUUGCUGGUAAGAAAGAAAAUGUAUUCGUGGUGCAGAACUUUGAAGCUCUAGAUUCUAUCAAGAGACAGAUUAGAAAACACGUUUGUGAUCCAAGCGAUGAACCUAUAACUGGAGAAUGCAACGUUGAUAUUACAAUAGCAGUUGACUUUUCGAGAAGAAGAUCAAAUAUGGCUGUUCAGCAAAAAUUGGAGUUCUACCUCUCAGAAGUGAUGCAACGUGUGUCUACCUUGAACAAUUUCAGCUGUGUCUCUGGGUCUCAGAUUAACAUUCAGUUCAGAUAUGUUGUUCCAGGUCAGGAUGGCAAAUUGCUAUUUGAUUCUGAUUUUGAGAGUUACAAUGAAGAUGUCAUCAAAAAGUUCAUUGCUAAACAGUCUGAAGUUGAUACCAAUCUAAAUGUGAAAUUCAUUGAAUCCAUGUGGACCAGAAUGAAAGGUUUACCCUCUCAAAAGACAAAAGUAAUCGUGAUAUUUACAGAUGGACUGGAUGAAGUAGUGGAAACUCUCAAGACUACGUCUAUGGCUCUUCGGAUUGAUGGACUGGAUGCUUUGUUGUUAAUUGGCCUUGAGAGUGCCCAGAAUUUGAACGAAUUGCAAGAAAUUCAGUUUGGAAGAGGAUUUUCUUACUACGAACCCCUCAGCAUUGGACUUAAUGAUUUGCCUAACAGAAUGAGAAAAGAAAUUGACACUGUUGCAGAAAGGAAGUGCUGUAAUGUGCUUUGUAAAUGCUUAGGAUAUGAAGGCCUGCGUGGCUCUCCUGGAUCUCCAGGACCAAAGGGAAAUACUGGUGCAAAAGGCUCACCAGGCCAUCCUGGUGAAGAGGGUGGUACCGGAGAGAGAGGGCCACGUGGACUUAAUGGGACACGGGGAGAUAAUGGUUGCCCUGGUCUCAGGGGGCAAAAGGGUGCAAGAGGCUAUCGAGGUGACAAGGGAGAUGAUGGUGAGAAUGGAAUUGAAGGUGUAACAGGAGAGCAGGGAGAACGUGGAGCACCUGGAUUACCAGGGGAAGUUGGAGAGCUUGGACCACAGGGUAGGAAAGGCCCUCGUGGUGAGCCUGGUGAAAGGGGGGAGCGAGGUCUAAGGGGAGACCCUGGUGAUUCUGGAAUUAACAACAACAUUGAAGGGCAAAAGGGAUUUAAGGGAAAUCCAGGACAACAGGGUGAGCCAGGACAAGAUGGUGCUGAAGGGGAGCCUGGAGAUAAUGGUCUUGAGGGUCCACAAGGCCGAAGAGGACCUCCUGGACUAAAGGGUGAACGAGGAAAUCCUGGAGAACAAGGCAACAGAGGCGAAGGUGGCAUUCAAGGCCCACAGGGUUCACGGGGAGAGCCAGGACCUCCAGGGUUGCAAGGACAGCAAGGUUUACCUGGGCCUCAGGGUGGUGCUGGAGCUGUGGGUGGUCCCGGUUCAGCUGGAAACCCAGGACCAAAAGGUCAAAAGGGUGAACCAGGAGAUCUUGGAGAGAAAGGUGACCCCGGAAUCCCAGGUCGUAGGGGCUUGACAGGUGUAGAUGGUGCUGAUGGAUAUGGAUCUGCGGGCUUAAAAGGACAAAAGGGCCAUUUAGGAUUUCCAGGUUAUCCUGGUCCUCAGGGUGAAGAUGGAGAACCUGGUAAACCUGGAGAUAUUGGACCUAAGGGAAUUAGAGGGAUACGGGGCAAUGCUGGCCAAUCAGGAACACAAGGUGAUCCAGGCGAGAGAGGGCCAUCUGGGUCGAGGGGCUCUAAAGGACCACAAGGGACAGUGGCUUUGACGCCUUGUGAACUUGUCAAUUUUACAAGAGAUAAUUGCCCCUGCUUCUCAGGUGUCUUCAAAUGUCCUGUCUACCCAACUGAAAUAGUGUUUGCUAUUGAUGCAUCUGAAGAUGUUCCAGCAGCUGCAUUUCAACGAAUGAAAAACAUUAUCAUAUCCUUGAUAGAACCGUUAGAAAUAGCAGAAAGUAAUUGCCCUAGGGGUGCCCGUGUUGCUGUAGUCUCAUAUAAUAGUAAUGUAAAAUAUCUAAUUCGUUUUAAUGAUUAUAAGAAGAAAAGUCUUCUCUUUGAUGCCAUUCGAAGUAUCGGUCCUGAGAGGUCAUCUGCUAAACGGAAUCUUGGGGAAGCCAUGAGAUUUGUGGGAAGAAAUGUAUUCAAGCGUAUCCGUCAUGGAAUCCUUAUGAGGAAAGUUGCUGUGUUCUUUGCUAAUGGUCCAUCCCAAGAUGCUGCAUCUCUAAAUACUGCUGUAUUGGAAUUCAGCGCUCUUAAUAUUGUUCCAGCCGUGAUUGCUUUCAAUGAUGUUCCUAAUACCAGAAAUGCUUUUUCGAUGGAUGAAAGCCGAAGGUUCCAGUUAUUUGUUUGGAGGAGGGUGCAAGAUCAGAGGUUUGAAGUCAUUUCACAAUGCUCCCUUUGUUAUGAUAAAUGCAGGCCUAAUGAGGAAUGCGAGCUGGAUCCAACUCCUCCAUCUGAUGUGGACAUGGACAUUGCUUUCCUAUUAGACAGCUCACGCGGUAUUUCAAGUGAUGACUUUGAACGGGAAAAACUGUUUGUGAGCAACAUGCUUGAUCAUUUCCUUAUAUCCUCCCAGCCGAGAGUGUCGGACACAGGUUCUAGAGUGGCCUUGCUCCAACAAACAGCACCAAACUUCUUGCCAAACAGAAAUAUAAGUCCCGUUAAGAACGAGUUUGAUCUUGUCAGUUAUGACAGUAGAAAUCUUAUGAAGAGGCACAUACAAGAAUCUGUAUCACAACUGGAAGGUCCCUCAGCAGUUGGCUAUGCAGUCCAGUGGACUGUCAAUAAUAUCUUUGCGAAAGUUCCCAAGGCGAGAAAACACAAAGUACUCUUUAUACUCCUCGGCAGCAAAACUAGUUACUGGGACAGAGAAAUGCUGAGAGAGAUAUCCCGCAGAGCAAAAUGCGAUAAAUUUACAUUGUUUGUCCUGGCAUUUGGAACGGAGAUAAAUAACAGUGAAUUGACUGAGCUUUCCAGCAUUCCUCAUGAGCAGCAUUCACUGCACUUGCUUAGCCUGACCAAAAACGAGAUGAUGUAUGCAGAAAGGUUCAGCCAUACUUUCUUCAAUCUUCUUAAUCGUGAAAUGAACAAUUACCCACCAUUAGCAAUGCAAGGAGAGUGUGAGGGUCGUGGAGACACUGUGUUUGCACUGCAGUCAAGUAAACUGGAAGAAGUCACUCUAGAAGAAGAUGAAACAGUAUACGAGGAAGAAGUUUUAGAAGAGGAGACUGAAUAUGAGGAGUUAGAGACUUACAUUGACGUAAGAACAGUCGAAGAGACGGUGGGGGAAAAAGUGGAGACAAAAUUCAUAAGCACUGUUCCAGACAUUUGCUUACUGGAUGUGAACUAUGGCACUCCAUGCAGGGACUAUCAACGCAUGUGGCAUUUUAUAAAAGAUAUUGAUGCAUGCUCCCAGUUCUGGUAUGGAGGGUGUAAUGGGAAUGAAAACAGAUUUAGCUCUGAGUAUGAAUGUCUACAAACUUGUUCUUCCAAACGACAAUCCAUUAUGGAGGGGGAGGAGAUUCUUUCUAAAGAUAUCUGUACUUUGAGACAAGAGGAAGGAGACUGCCAAAACUACAAAUUGAAGUGGUGGUAUGACUCAGACCUGAAAGAGUGUAUACAGUUCUGGUAUGGCGGCUGUAAUGGAAACAAGAAUCGCUUUGAAACUAAGGAGCAGUGUGAAAUUCUGUGCUCUUCAUCCUAAAUAUUAAUGAUGUGCAAUUAGUGCACAUGAUGGAGUUUUUACCAUAUGUUCUGUCAAAAAGAAAAACAGGACAGGAGAGCUUUCAUAGGAGGAAGAAACCCUGCCCUCACUUAAGUCUCUGCUCCUUGAUUGACCCACUUGGCUUCCAUAGCAACAUUAACAAAUAAAAGAUCUGUUAAAACAUGACUUGUAAUAGUAAUUAAACAGGAAGGUGCUUGCCUACAGGUGUCACUUAAUUAAAAUAUAAUAUUUAAUACAU